AUGGCAGUGGUGCGACCUCCGCCGGUGGCCGCGGGGACACAGCCGAGGUCGGGGCCGGCGAUGAUGGAAGCGGUGGACGAGAUCAUGAGGACCUACCGGUCGCUGCCGGCGAGGCCAAGCGUGGACGAUGUGGAGGCGGCGGAGGCGGUGAUUCGAGCGGCGGAGGCAGAGGAGGAAGCGCGGCUUGACGAGUUGGAGAGGACGGAGAAGCUUCCCGAUCUGCCGGACGAGCUCUUCCAUGUGUUGCAGGAAGUUCGCCGGAGCGCGGCGAGGCUGCGGGCGGAGGAGCAGCGGCGGGAGGCCCUCCGCGUGGUCGAUCUGGAGGAGCGCUUUCGCGUGCUAGACGAGCUCAUCCAGAGAGCUUCCCGGCUGGUCUCCCCCGACGGUGGCGUUUCCGCAGGACGUGCCCCCGACGGAGAGGUGCCUGUUCGUCUCAGAUUGGCCGAUGGCAGGCCGGAGGGGAAAAGGGGGAUCAGCGAUGCGAACUUGGUGAAGAGGGAGGACGAGAUGGAGAAGAAGGCGCCUCUCAGGGAAGCCACCAAGGCGUUGGCGCGUUCGUCCUCGUUGAAAUCGGGUAUGCCGACAGGUAAGCGCGGAUCAGUCGAUUCCUCGUCCUCUGGAUUUCUCCGUGAUCCCAUCUCAUCCUCUGUAUCUUUUUUCCACGAUUCGGCGAGUUUUCCGAGAAAAUUUUAUUCGGCGAUUUGUGGUUUAUCAUGGGAUAUCUAGAACACUCCCUAUCCUCCCCCAAAUUUUCCCUUCUCAUCUUGGAGAAAAAUUUCAUGGCACGCUGUCAAUUCAUCGAUCUCUUCGUGUUCCAGAGUAUAUAUACACUUUCGUUUUCCUUCCUGGACUCUCUGAGACUGUAAUUCGCUCCUGUGUACACACGGAUUUCGAGUCUCCCAUCAGUCCUAGCGCGAUCGGCUUGGAAGCAUCUCCUCCUCCCAUUUUAAUUAUAUCUUCCCCUAACGAGGAGAAGGGAAAUCGUAUUUCCUCAUCUGAUCGCAGAAGAAGCAUUUAUGAUGAACCGAUUCCUUCCCCAAUUAGGAUAUCGAUCCAGAUCCCCUCAUAGCUUCCUCGGCUAGCAAUUGAAAAGGCCAUUUGCUCAGAUCUACUCUCAACUAGCAUCGAAAAUAUCUAUUGUUUGGUGUAUAACCGAUCCAAUCAACAGGCGGAUGCUACUCUCGACGAUCUUCUCUCCGAUCUCUCGUUUAUCCGCAUUCUUUGCCUGAGAUUCUUGAAGAGGGAUCAGAGAUUUUAAGCUCCGUGGAUUAAGAUUUUCUUUUUAUAGCAGUUUUUGCAGACGGAAGCGCUGAGAAAUUCAGUCUCAUAAAGCUGGCGGGUUUGAUCGAGAGUUCAGCGAAGAGUGAAGCACAGAUUCUGGAUCUUCAAGGGAAGUUGAUGGAUCAGAUAGAGUGGCUGCCAUUAUCCUUGGGGAAGCUGACGAGCAUCACGGAGCUCAAUCUAUCUGAAAACCAGAUCAUGGCUCUUCCCUCGAACAUCGGAAGCCUCAGGUCGUUGACCAAGCUCGACCUCCACUCGAACAAGCUUAUAAACCUCCCAGACAGCUUAGGGGAACUGUCCAGAUUGACCGAGCUCGAUGUGCACGCGAACAGCUUGAAGUCUCUGCCCGCAUCAUUCGGGAAUCUGACGAGCCUGGUGAGCCUCGAUCUUGGCUCGAACCUGCUGUCUGUUCUUCCAGAUUCGCUGGGAAAUCUGACCAACCUGAGGAGAUUGGACGUGGAAACCAACGAACUCGAAGAACUCCCCUACACGAUCGGUUCUUGCUCCUCUCUCGCGGAGCUGAGGCUAGAUUUCAACCAGCUGAGGGCACUCCCGGAAGCCAUGGGGAAGCUCCAGUCCCUGCAGGUCCUCACUCUGCACUACAACAGAAUCAAAGGCCUGCCCACCACCAUGGCAUCCCUCGUGGAGCUGAAGGAGCUCGACGUCAGCUUCAACGAGCUGGAAUCGAUCCCCGAGAGCCUCUGCUUCGCCACCAACCUCGUGAAGCUGAGGGUCGGCAACAACUUCGCAGACUUGACCUCCCUCCCCAGGUCAAUCGGAAAUCUCGAAAUGCUCGAGGAACUGGACAUCAGCAACGACCAGAUCAGAACUCUGCCGAACUCCUUCAGGCUCCUCUCCAGGUUGAGAGUGUUCCAGGCGGAGGGAACUCCAUUGGAGGUCCCUCCGAGGAAUGUGGUCAAGCUCGGAGCAGAGGUACGUCCGUAUAUUCUCCCCCAUCGUCUCCCCCAAUCUCCCUCAUCCUCCUCUCUGGUUCUCCCUCCCCGGCGCAGGCGGUGGUACAGUACAUGGCCGAUCUGGCGGAGCCCAAGGCGGCGCCGCUUCCCCCGUCCGCGGAGAGGAAGAAGGGUCUCUGGUUCUGGCUCUGCUCACUGUUCCUCCCUCGCAGAGACGGCGGCGACUCCACCAAAGCCUGA